AUGACCCCCCAGCAGCGCCGCAGGUCUCGCAACGAGAACAUCCCCCACAAUUUCAUCCAGAAUUGGCAAUGCCCCGGCGCUGAGGGUGCAAGGCCUGUGGUGCGCCGGCCAAUCACCGCCUGUGAAUCGUGUCGCUCUGCAAAGGUCAAGUGUACCGGGCCCCAGAAUGCCUGUGAUAGAUGUACGACCCGGGGUAUCCCCUGCAGAUAUACUGCCCCCUCCACCACCUCCUCCUCCAGCUCGCGCCCUACCACGGCGUCCAUGAGUCCUCCCAAUAAUGUCGACAGCUCCGGCUCGUCGUCCAUUAGUCACUCGCCCUCCACGGUGAAUACGCCGCUGUCUGGGUCACUCAAGUCGUCCGUUCCGAUGACGAUAGAGUGGGAGAUGGACACAGCCGACCCACUGCGCCUCAACGAUGAAUCGCACUCGCAGGACCUGAAUGGCGUCGACUGGCCGAAGGACAUGUCAGGCUACCUAUUCGACUGGUCGUCACUCGACCUAGGCCAAAAUACUAUCGAUCCUUUAAAUACGCUGGGUGCCGGCGAGCUGGAUGUCUUCCCAGCAGCGGCGCAGUCACCCCUCCUAACAAACCAGGAUCGUAGUACCGGGCUGGCUACAAACACAAUCCCUGCUCUCUCCCCGCCCCAGGGCAGCUGCCAGUGCCGCACCAACCUCAUGCUACAGGUACCCGAGGUCCACGAGGCAAUGCAGGCCAAGCCGCAUCCGCAGCUCGACCGGAUAUUCAAAGUCACAGGGAACGUGCUCGGUGCAUGCCGAGAUCUCAUCAUCUGCGCUAGCUGCCAGGUUAGCUACGCUGAUCUCGUCUGUGUUGUUGCAGUGCUGCAGCAGACGGGGACUUGCUUCGAGAAGAUCGCCAAUGGGGACAUGACGACUAGCACGAUCAAGGUGUGUGUCGGGCAGUAUGAGGUCCCGAUCGCGAAUGAAAUCAAGCUGCGGCAUAUGCUUGUCAUGGACUUGGUGGCGCAGGCCAACUGCUUGUUGUCGCUCUUACGGAAUCGGGGGCAGAGUCUGAUACAGUCGCAGGGGCCGGCGCAGGACCGGCUCACGCAGAUCAAUAUAGAUUACAUGCAGGAGGUGGUGAAGAGUUUUGAACAGACGUUGCGAUCCAUAGCUGAUUCGCUUGAUAAACCGGUGUCAGAUAGGGGAGAAUGUAAUAGUGACCGACUAGCGAAACCAGUUACUCUGCCUCAGGCAUGUCGGGAGAUUGACAGGCUGAAGCAACGCGUUGAGCAGCUUGAGCACGAGCUCCAGAACGAGCGGCAAAAGCAUCGUUCUGUCCCUGUAGUGGAGACACCGUAUACCCCUGAUGACAGUCCUAAGGAUAGUACGACUGAUGUCAGUGUUCCUGACAAUGCCAGUGGGAAACGCUGGGAGGGGAUUUAUAUCAGUACUGCCCGCUCGCCGAACAAGACGUGGUAUGGAUCAUCGUCGCUCUUCUUCUUUAUCAACCGCAUCAAUACCUUUCUGGCUACUGCUUUAAAGCAAGCUCACCCGACUCAAGUGCUGUUGCCGGAAUCUGCAAGCACGCUUCUGGAUGGACCGGCUGCUACGAUCGAAGAUAGCCAAAAGCCAGCCCCAAUGGGUGAUCCAAUCCGUGGGGGCGAGUCCCUUACGUCGAUGCAGGAGGAAUAUUUCCUGAAUCUUUUCUGGGAUACAUUCUACCCGACCUAUCCGAUUCUCGAUGAGCAUGACUUCAAGGAACAUUACCAGUCGCUAUGGACAACGUCCGACGGUGAAAGACAGCCGUCAGCUCUCGUUGAUAUUGUCCUUGCAGUCUGCAUGCAAUAUGGGAUGGCGCGGCAGCCCGGAGGUCGUCACGCCCUCACUGCAGCCGCGAGAGGAAAUGUUAAUAGCAAUGACUCUACCAUCGCCGGUCGAUGGCACUACCGUCGCUGUCUAACUCUCUUGGCGAACGAAAUGGAAGCCCCGACGCUGUCUACAUUACAAUGUCAUCUACUCUGUUCGAUUUAUCUGUGCUACGGGGGCUUCCAGAACAUGUCGGACAAUGCAUGUGGGCUGGCGGUGCGUGCUGCGUUUAUGCUUGGGCUGCAUGUCGAGCCUCCUCAUAGUAUGCCACGACGCGAGAGGGAGCUACAGAAACGGAUUUGGUGGACAAUUUAUAUACUAGAAACCCAUCGAAGUAUGAAACUCGGCCGGCCGUUCUCUAUACAGGAUUCGACUUCGUCGUGUACUUUACCAGCGGACGACCGUGAAAUAGCAGGAAUGUCAGGCUCGAGCUUCGCGCCUAUUGGGGGCAAUGUCACUUGGCUGACGUGGAAUCUCCAUAAGAUAAAACUGAUGCUCGCCGCCCGAAAGGCCUACACAAACUUCUACUCUCGACCGCCGGAUACGAUCACCCAAGGAAUUGCGGAGCCAGUCACGAGCACCAUGGAUGGAUGGUUACGUUGUGUGCCUGAAGCACUGAAGACCAGUCGUCAAAACCAGGGCACCCCUUUCUCGACAGAUCGAUCAUCGUUGCAGAUUGAACAGUUUACCCCGGUCUGGCUACAGCGGGAACGCAUUCUGUUAGAGCUCAUGUACCAUACCGUGUGCACGAAUUUAUACCGCGCAUCGAUUUGCUUCACACUCAACGGGGUCCCAGCGGCAAUCACCGAGGACGCAGCAUCAAAAUGCGCUGCCCAUGCGAUGGCACUAACUCACAUCAGCCAUCAAGUGUUGGAGACGACUUCGAUUCUGAACGGCUGGCACGAGGCUUUCCAGUGGCAGUGGAACGCGGCCAUGACGCUUGUCGGCUACGUUCUGGCGUUUCCACGGAGUACGUCCGCCGUGGCUGUGAGGAGCACUAUCGACCUGUCAGUGUCUGCCCUCGAACGCUUUGGCGACGGGUUCGCGGUGGCGGCCAAUGCUGCGACAAUUAUGCGCGACCUCAGCGUCAAGAUUGAUCGUCUUGCCGCGGAGGCUUCUCCCUUUACAAGUGAUUCUGCGGAGAAGUCAACCUCCCUGGAGAGCGCACAGGCCCCGAUGGCCCAGGUUAACUCCGGAUACCAAGUCCCACUUCACGACGGGGCCAUGGAUCAAACGAUGCAGUGGCCCCUGUACUUUGGAGACGAAGUUACCACAGCCGAGAUCGGUGGCAUUCUGGGCCAUUCGAUUGAUAUCUCCGCCGAGACUCUGACGGAUAUCGACUGGUCGAAUCUGAAUAAUGCCUUCUUUGACCAGUGGCCGGGGGCUUUUUAA